UCAAGAUUUGGUCAUGCGAAUUAGAAAAUCGAAAAAUUCGCUGUAUGUGGGGUAAAAAGUGACGUUUCUAAACAGCGAAAAAACGUCUAGAAAACAGUGAAUCGAAUGUACAAUCAGUUCAAUACCCGUAGUCCGUAAAAGUGGAAGUGAGAAGUGAAUUUAAGUGAUUAGUUUACGUUUAGUCGUAUGCUUUAUGCGAUUGUGUGUAGUGUCUCUAGUUAGUUGUAAUUAUGACGAAGAAAACAAUCACUGUGUUUAUAUAGAUUUAUGAACUCACGAUAGUAGCAGCAGUGAUCAUUAAAUUAAUGUAAAAAUCGUCUAUUGCUCGUCAAGCGAUGCUGAAAUUCUAUCAGUGUUUUCACAUGGAGCUAAGUUUUCGUAAAACGCCCUUGAAAUACUGACGUGAAGUGGAUGGAAGAAGCCUUAUUAGGAAAAAUAGAACGAGCUGUAUAUUUACAUUUGUCACUGUGAAUCAAGGAAAAUAACAAAAAAAUCAAAGUGGGAAGAGAUCAUGUCAAUCACGGGAAACUAUGACCACUAUCGCCGCAAUGGGAGCGCCAGUAGCGGUCCAGAUCGACCGGAACGAUGUGUGUGCUGUGUUCGGACAAUGAAGUGGCUUCCAGUGUUAUUCAUUGCAUUGGUUAUCGUCUGGUCGUAUUAUGCUUUUGUAGUGGAACUCUCAUUUUUCACUGUAACCAGCCUACUGCAACGUAUAUUGUUCCUGCUGUUUUAUCAUCUGAUAUUAAUAAUGUUCCUGUGGUCCUACUAUCAGACCGUUUUCACGGACAUUGGCCGCGUCCCACCCAGAUUUCGUGUUCCUCGCUCCGAAUUGGACCGGUUGCUUCGUGCUUCCAGCGAAGAAGAGCAAAAGCAUAUUCUGGAAGCCUUCGCUCGAGAGCUGCCGAUCGUGACACGUACUCUGAAUGCCUCAGUGCGUUUUUGUGAAAAAUGCCGCCUGAUCAAACCGGACCGAGCCCACCACUGUAGCGUGUGCGGAGUGUGUGUACUGAAGCUAGACCAUCACUGCCCCUGGGUUAACAACUGUAUUAACUUUACCAACUACAAAUUCUUCAUACUGUUCCUGGGUUACGCACUAGUAUACUGCCUGUACAUUGCAUUUACCACGGCCAUGUACAUGGAGUUGAUUUGGAGUGUGAGUGGACGAGAAGGCAAGAUUGACGGACGGUUCCACAUAUUGUUCCUGUUUUUCGUUUCAUUGAUGUUUGCCAUCAGUCUCGUGAGCUUAUUUGGUUACCAUUGCUACCUGGUGCUAUUAAAUAGAACUACUUUAGAAUCAUUCCGUACCCCAAUCUUCCGGUAUGGUGGACCGGAUAAAAACGGCUUUAGCUUGGGGAAACUGAACAACUUUCAAGAAGUGUUUGGAGAUGACCGGCGGCUGUGGUUUGUUCCUGUCUACACAAGCUUGGGCGAUGGAGUGUCGUAUUCUGUUCGCUGUUACGACGAGGACGCAGAAUCGUUACUCAGCGGUGAACUGGCUAACAGCCAACAACAGCAGAAUGGACACAGUGGGAUUCGUCAGUUGGAGUCACAGCGGACAGCGCGACACAAUAAUCACGUCAUCGUUCCAAUAAAUGAUGACGGCACUGUAGAUGAUGACGAUGAUGAUAACGACUAUGAAACAACAAUUUUCAGUCAUUCUACCAGUUUAUUGCGAUAAUCUAGGUGCUGUUCAACAGGUUCGUAUGAAACAAACAUUCAACCUCAGUUUGUUAGUUUUCACAAAAGUGGACUCUAGGUAAUAACAGAUUUUUUUAAAUGUGAAAACUCUAGCAUUACAAUAAUAAUAGUUAUUUCAAAUAGACGCUCGCACCUUUUGUAAAAAUAUGAACAGUUUCUGAGUUAAUCUAUCAAUCACGAAUACGCUCAUAAGUUAAUACUAACAAGACAGUAGAUUAGAUUUUUCCAAAAUCUAUAGAAAAAAAUAUACUCCUAUUUUUGCACUAUUUAAUUAAAAUUGAUUUAUAUCCGCAAAUUACUAAUUUGAAACGAAACUGAAGACUUUAGAUUUUUUUGAUCAAUUUCUCGAAGAUUUACAAAGAAAAAUGAACGCGUAUGGAAUAAAGUCAUAUCAGUUCCAUAGUACCAGUUCCAUUCUUUGGCAUUAAAAAAAUAUGAAAAUUAGGAAUUCAAACCCUUCUGAGCAUUUUUUUGUUGUAUUUGCACUGUGUUUUUUAUUAUUUUAUUUUAUUCAUUGCGAUUAGAUAGCAAGAGGAGAAUUUGAAUUUGAUUGUUAUAUAUAAAUACGUUACGGUUUUUAUUUUUUCUGCGAUAACUAGUUACUAGUCAGUGAUAAUACAGUGUUAUUUCGUAACGUAAACAUUCUAUAGAAUAUUUCAUUUCUGUAAUCCAUUCAUAGAGAACUUAAAAACUAUAGACCUGAAACUACAUUAACAAACCAUCGUGUUUCUGUGACAACAAUAACUGAAACAAUACUAAUACAAAUCUAUGACUGAUCUUAACAAUCCAAUAAAAAAGCAUAAAUCGAGCAUUUUCACCGCAACAGUAUCCUACAUAAACAUUUUGAUUUUUCUGUGUAAUAUUUCAAUCAAGUUUAAGUGAACAUAACCUAAGCUAGCGAAGACUUAUUUGAACUGGCUGCAAUAAAUGAUGACUAUUGCAGCUUAGUAAAAAUCAAUGGAUCACACAUCUACAGUGUGUUUCAUUUAUCUACUAAACAGAAUUAAUCGUGAUAUUCUAUGGCGAUGAUGAACCCUCGCCCGUGUGAUUAGUAAUGUAGUGAAACCUGAGUUCCAUAUCGAUCCAAGCAGACAUUCUGAAGGUUAAUGCUGUUAUGGAAAAGAUAUGAUUGUUUGGUGAUAACAAAUUGACAUUGGGUCAAGUAAAGAAGCUAGACUGGGUCGAAUAAAGCUGUUAAUAACCCUUACUUAUUUGUUAUUGAGGCAAUGAUAACACAUUUAGAAUUUAGUUAUCUAUUAAUUUUUAAGCAACAUCGCGUAAAAAAAAAAACAA